AUGGCCUCCUCAUCCCGAGCCACUGUUGCUGCUGCCGCAGGUGUUACCCUUCUGGGCGGAGCCGCGUUUGUGUCUGCGCCUGCUGGACGUGCCGGAAACCUGCGAGCAACCGUCUCCGCAACUCCAGCCUCCGCUCCUGUGUCUGGACUGGAGGCGAGCAGCGUCACCAGCAUGGCAAUUGCCAGCGCAGCUGUUGCCACUUGUUUUGCCAGCCGCAAGGCCACGGCGAACUCCAAGCAUCAGCUGGUGGCCUUGAGCGCCUUUGAGAACGAGCUCGGUGUCCAGGCGCCAGUCGGAUUUUGGGACCCGGCCGGGUUCACGGCAGAUGGCAGCACCGAGAACUUUGCCCGACGUCGCCAGACGGAGCUGAAGCACGGAAGAAUCUCCAUGCUCGCUACCAUGGGCUAUAUCACCCCGGAGAUCACCGGAAAAUUCCCGGGCUAUCUGAGCCCUUCCGCAGGCUUGAAGUUCGCGGAUGUGCCCAACGGAUUGGCGGCGAUUUCCAAAGUUCCCGCUGCUGGGUGGGGACAAAUCUUGGCUUACAUGGCCUUCUGUGAGGUGUCCCAGGACCAGUCGGCGGGAACUCCUGCUGCAGCGGGUGACUUCGGAUUCAAGGUGCUCACCGCGUCUGACCCUGAGGCCAAGAAAACCAAGCUUGCAGCGGAACUUGCCAACGGCCGUUUGGCCAUGAUGGCCAUCAUCGGCAUGUUCUUCCAGGACGGCUUGACUGGCAGCGCCUGGGGCGACUGGGCCAACUACACUGCCUCGCCUUUGCGAGCAUUCGAGAAUGAGCUUGGUGUGCAAGCGCCAGUCGGAUUUUGGGACCCGGCCGGGUUCACGGCAGAUGGCAGCACCGAGAACUUUGCCCGACGUCGCCAGACGGAGCUGAAGCACGGAAGAAUUUCCAUGCUCGCUACCAUGGGCUAUAUCACCCCGGAGAUCACCGGAAAAUUCCCGGGCUAUCUGAGCCCUUCCGCAGGCUUGAAGUUCGCGGAUGUGCCCAACGGACUGGCGGCGAUUUCCAAAGUUCCCGCUGCUGGGUGGGGACAAAUCUUGGCUUACAUGGCCUUCUGUGAGGUGUCCCAGGACCAGUCGGCGGGAACUCCUGCUGCAGCGGGUGACUUCGGAUUCAAGGUGCUCACCGCGUCCGACCCUGAGGCCAAGAAAACCAAGCUUGCAGCGGAACUGGCCAACGGCCGUUUGGCCAUGAUGGCCAUCAUCGGCAUGUUCUUCCAGGACGGCUUGACUGGCAGCGCCUGGGGCGACUGGGCCAACUACACUGCCUCGCCUUUGCGAGCAUUCGAGAAUGAGCUUGGUGUGCAAGCGCCAGUCGGAUUUUGGGACCCGGCCGGGUUCACGGCAGAUGGCAGCACCGAGAACUUUGCCCGACGUCGCCAGACGGAGCUGAAGCACGGAAGAAUUUCCAUGCUCGCUACCAUGGGCUAUAUCACCCCGGAGAUCACCGGAAAAUUCCCGGGCUAUCUGAGCCCUUCCGCAGGCUUGAAGUUCGCGGAUGUGCCCAACGGACUGGCGGCGAUUUCCAAAGUUCCCGCUGCUGGGUGGGGACAAAUCUUGGCUUACAUGGCCUUCUGUGAGGUGUCCCAGGACCAGUCGGCGGGAACUCCUGCUGCAGCGGGUGACUUCGGAUUCAAGGUGCUCACCGCGUCCGACCCUGAGGCCAAGAAAACCAAGCUUGCAGCGGAACUGGCCAACGGCCGUUUGGCCAUGAUGGCCAUCAUCGGCAUGUUCUUCCAGGAUGGUCUGACUGGCAGUGCCUGGGGUGACUGGGCGAACUACACUGCAUCUCCCCUGCGCGCCUUCGAGAGCGAGCUGGGUGUGCAAGAGCCUGUGGGAUUUUGGGACCCCGUGGGAUUUACCUCGGAUGGCGAUGUCGUGACCUUCAAGCGCCGCCGGUCAGUGGAGCUGAAACACGGCCGUAUCUCCAUGAUGGCCGCUAUGGGUUACAUCACCCCCGAGAUCACAGGCAAGCUGCCGGGCUACCUGUCCCCAUCUGCUGGGCUGAAGUUCGCAGACGUCCCGAACGGCUUGGCUGCCGUGUCCAAGGUUCCUGUGGCAGGAUGGGCGCAGAUCGCCGCCUACUUUGGCUUUGUGGAGUUCAGCGGAGGCUUCGAGGACUACAAGACCGGCACUCCGGGAGACUACGGCUUCAAGGUCCUGACCUCCUCGGAUCCGGAGGAGAAGACCAAGAAGCUUUCCGCCGAGCUUGCCAACGGCCGCCUGGCCAUGAUGGCCAUCAUCGGAAUGUUCUUCCAGGAUGGUCUGACGGGCUCUGCCUGGGGGGACUGGGCGAGCUACACCGCCUCUCCUCUGCGCGCCUUCGAGAAUGAGCUGGGCGUCCAGGCGCCCGUGGGCUUCUUCGAUCCCUUCGGCCUGACCAAGGACGGCGACACCGAGGCCUUCAAGCGCCGGCGGGCCACGGAGCUGAAGAACGGCCGCGUCGCGAUGUUGGCCACUAUGGGCUAUAUCGCGCCGGAGUACUCCCGCUUCCCAGGCUUCUGCUCCCCUACGGAGGGUGUGAAGUUCACCGAUGUCCCCAACGGCCUGGCGGCCCUGGGCAAGGUGCCGGCGGCCGGCUGGAUGCAAAUCUUCCUGUUCUUGGGCAUGGUGGAGAAGGGUUUGUACACCUACGACUCCGCAAGGGCGCCGGGGGACUACAAGAACGCAGGCGUCUUGGGCGUGCCCAACGGCAGCACCAUGGCCCCCGGGGAGGGCCGCAACCGCAAGCUGAACUCCGAGCUGGCGAACGGGCGCUUGGCGAUGAUGGCGAUCAUCGGGAUGUUCUUCCAGGACGGCUUGACUGGCAGCGCCUGGGGUGACUGGGCCAACUAUGCUGUGGCUUUGACGGCAUUCGAGAACGAGCUUGGUGUGCAAGCGCCGGUCGGAUUCUGGGACCCGGCCGGGUUCACGGCAGAUGGCAGCACCGAGAACUUUGCCCGACGUCGCCAGACGGAGCUGAAGCACGGAAGAAUUUCCAUGCUUGCGACCAUGGGCUAUAUCACACCCGAGAUCACCGGAAAAUUCCCGGGCUAUCUGAGCCCUUCCGCAGGCUUGAAGUUCGCGGAUGUGCCCAACGGAUUGGCGGCGAUUUCCAAAGUUCCCGCUGCUGGGUGGGGGCAAAUCUUGGCUUACAUGGCCUUCUGCGAGGUGUCCCAGGACCAGUCGGCGGGAACUCCUGCUGCGGCGGGUGACUUCGGAUUCAAGGUGCUCACCGCGUCCGACCCGGAGGCCAAGAAGACGAAGCUAGCGGCCGAGUUGGCGAACGGACGUCUGGCCAUGAUGGCGAUCAUCGGAAUGUUCUUCCAGGACGGCUUGACUGGCAGCGCCUGGGGUGACUGGGCCAACUACACUGCUUCCCCUUUGCGAGCAUUCGAGAAUGAGCUCGGUGUACUCACCGCGUCCGACCCGGAGGCCAAGAAGACGAAGCUAGCGGCCGAGUUGGCGAACGGACGUCUGGCCAUGAUGGCGAUCAUCGGAAUGUUCUUCCAGGACGGCUUGACUGGCAGCGCCUGGGGUGACUGGGCCAACUACACUGCUUCCCCUUUGCGAGCAUUCGAGAAUGAGCUCGGUGUGCAAGCGCCGGUCGGAUUCUGGGACCCGGCCGGGUUCACGGCAGAUGGCAGCACCGAGAACUUUGCCCGACGUCGCCAGACGGAGCUGAAGCACGGAAGAAUUUCCAUGCUUGCGACCAUGGGCUAUAUUACACCCGAGAUCACCGGAAAAUUCCCGGGCUAUCUGAGCCCUUCCGCAGGCUUGAAGUUCGCGGAUGUGCCCAACGGAUUGGCGGCGAUUUCCAAAGUUCCCGCUGCUGGGUGGGGACAAAUCUUGGCUUACAUGGCCUUCUGCGAGGUGUCCCAGGACCAGUCGGCGGGAACUCCUGCUGCGGCGGGUGACUUCGGAUUCAAGGUGCUCACCGCGUCCGACCCGGAGGCCAAGAAGACGAAGCUAGCGGCCGAGUUGGCGAACGGACGUCUGGCCAUGAUGGCGAUCAUCGGAAUGUUCUUCCAGGACGGCUUGACUGGCAGCGCCUGGGGUGACUGGGCCAACUACACUGCUUCCCCUUUGCGAGCAUUCGAGAAUGAGCUCGGUGUGCAAGCGCCGGUCGGAUUCUGGGACCCGGCCGGGUUCACGGCAGAUGGCAGCACCGAGAACUUUGCCCGACGUCGCCAGACGGAGCUGAAGCACGGAAGAAUUUCCAUGCUUGCGACCAUGGGCUAUAUUACACCCGAGAUCACCGGAAAAUUCCCGGGCUAUCUGAGCCCUUCCGCAGGCUUGAAGUUCGCGGAUGUGCCCAACGGAUUGGCGGCGAUUUCCAAAGUUCCCGCUGCUGGGUGGGGACAAAUCUUGGCUUACAUGGCCUUCUGCGAGGUGUCCCAGGACCAGUCGGCGGGAACUCCUGCUGCGGCGGGUGACUUCGGAUUCAAGGUGCUCACCGCGUCCGACCCGGAGGCCAAGAAGACGAAGCUAGCGGCCGAGUUGGCGAACGGACGUCUGGCCAUGAUGGCGAUCAUCGGAAUGUUCUUCCAGGACGGCUUGACUGGCAGCGCCUGGGGUGACUGGGCCAACUACACUGCUUCCCCUUUGCGAGCAUUCGAGAAUGAGCUCGGUGUGCAAGCGCCGGUCGGAUUCUGGGACCCGGCCGGCUUCACGGCAGAUGGCAGCACCGAGAACUUUGCCCGACGUCGCCAGACGGAGCUGAAGCACGGAAGAAUUUCCAUGCUUGCGACCAUGGGCUAUAUUACACCCGAGAUCACCGGAAAAUUCCCGGGCUAUCUGAGCCCUUCCGCAGGCUUGAAGUUCGCGGAUGUGCCCAACGGAUUGGCGGCGAUUUCCAAAGUUCCCGCUGCUGGGUGGGGACAAAUCUUGGCUUACAUGGCCUUCUGCGAGGUGUCCCAGGACCAGUCGGCGGGAACUCCUGCUGCGGCGGGUGACUUCGGAUUCAAGGUGCUCACCGCGUCCGACCCGGAGGCCAAGAAGACCAAGCUAGCGGCCGAGUUGGCGAACGGACGUCUGGCCAUGAUGGCGAUCAUCGGAAUGUUCUUCCAGGACGGCUUGACUGGCAGCGCCUGGGGUGACUGGGCCAACUACACUGCUUCCCCUUUGCGAGCAUUCGAGAAUGAGCUCGGUGUGCAAGCGCCGGUCGGAUUCUGGGACCCGGCCGGCUUCACGGCAGAUGGCAGCACCGAGAACUUUGCCCGACGUCGCCAGACGGAGCUGAAGCACGGAAGAAUUUCCAUGCUUGCGACCAUGGGCUAUAUUACACCCGAGAUCACCGGAAAAUUCCCGGGCUAUCUGAGCCCUUCCGCAGGCUUGAAGUUCGCGGAUGUGCCCAACGGAUUGGCGGCGAUUUCCAAAGUUCCCGCUGCUGGGUGGGGACAAAUCUUGGCUUACAUGGCCUUCUGCGAGGUGUCCCAGGACCAGUCGGCGGGAACUCCUGCUGCGGCGGGUGACUUCGGAUUCAAGGUGCUCACCGCGUCCGACCCGGAGGCCAAGAAGACGAAGCUAGCGGCCGAGUUGGCGAACGGACGUCUGGCCAUGAUGGCGAUCAUCGGAAUGUUUUUCCAGGAUGGCCUGACUGGCAGCGCCUGGGGUGAUUGGGCGAACUACACGGCUUCGCCCCUGCGAGCGGAGAGCAAGAUGUGAGGCCAAGGCUGAGUUUGGCAAGUGGACCGGACUUGGGCCG